AUGGAGAAGGCUGGCUCAAAAAAACGAAAAAGACCCGAAAAAUCGGUAAUUGAAGAAGCAGUCAGUGAAGUUUUGGAGAAAGGUCAGUCAAUAAACAGAACUGCACUUGCCUUAAACAUAUCGAGGGCUUACUUAGCUAAAAUCGUUAAAAAAGUAAAGACGUCUGGCGAUUCAUCAUAUGAACACUGUCCUAAUAUAGGGAACAGGCGUAUUUUCACAACAGAACAGGAGAAUAUGCUUGCAGAUUAUUUAAAGACCGCAUCUAAAAUGUGCCAUGGCCUAACAAGACAUCAAGCAAAGAAGCUAGGAUUUGAUUAUGCCGUAGCCAAUGAUAUCUGUCCACCCAAAUGGAAAGAAGUUGAAACUGCGACUGAUGAUUGGCUCAAAGGGUUUAUGAGCAGACACAAAGACUUAACUGUGAGAAAACCUGAGCACUUCUCUACCCCGUGCAACAAGUUUUAA